UGCAGCGAAGACUUUCAGCUAAACCAGCCCCUGGGAUCAGGCAGGCUUUGCAAAACAAGCAGACAGCCUGACAACUGCAGUAAAUUCCUUUCCUGGAGAUGAAACAGAAGCAUUUCUUCCCCCCCACCCACACACACACACGUGUACUGGGGGUGGUCCUGGUGAACAUGUGAUAAAGCUCUAGAAUAUUCCGGAAACUUCUGCACAAGCACAGAUUAAACCCUAUCGUGCAAAUUCACAGAUGACCAUUUGAAGAGUAAGAUAGAGUUACAGGUGGCUCCUCCCACUCCUUUCAUGCCCUCUUCACAACAGUGUCAGAAACUGGCCAUGGGCUGCCCUAUUUCAGUGGAGUGGUAUAUGUGGACGACCAGGUUUACUAUUCCUAUGACAGCAACACAAGACAGCUGCAACCUCGAGCCCCAUGGAUGAAGAAGGUGGUGCAGGAGGAUCCCCAGUUCGUGAAGUGGAACACCAAGACGUUGGAGGAAAAUGAGCCACUAUUCAGAGAAUAUCUGAUGACUGCAAUGAAUCGCUACAACCAGAGUGGAGGAUUUCACUCCAUGCAGUGGAUGUACAGCUGUGAGCUGAGGGAGGACAGGAGCAAACGAGGGUAUAUCCGGGAUGCCUACGAUGGGAGGGACUACCUCAGCUUCGACUUGCAGACCCUCACCUGGACGGCAGCCGAUCCCAAGGCCCAGAUCACCAAAGAGAAGUGGGAGAAGGAUCCGGCCAUUGCCCAGAGACAGAAGGCCUACCUGGAGGGGAUUUGCACUGAGUGGCUGCAGAGAUACUUGGAGUACGGGAAGGACAGCCUGCUAAGGAGAGAUCGUCCCGUAGGGAAGGUGACGCGAAAGGAGGGCUACGACGACAGGGAGACCCUCGUCUGCCAGGCUUACGGCUUCUACCCCAAGGAGAUUGACGUCACUUGGAGGAAGGAUGGAGAGGUCCUGCAGGAAGGCACUUUCUACAGGAGCGUGGCCCCCUACCCGGACGGGACCUACCAUGCCUGGCUCAGCAUCGAGAUCGACCCCAAGGAGAGAGACUGGUACCAGUGCCACGUGGACCAUGCCAGCCUGGGGGAGCCUCUGAUCUUGGCUUGGGAGGCGCCUGUUUCCACCUUAGGGCUCAUUCUUGGGUGCGUCAUUGCAGUAGCUCUUCUUCUCCUGAUCGUGGCUGGGAUUGUUUUGGCCUGCAUCUACAUCAGGAAAUUGCAAGAUGGCUACAGAACAGCAUUAAAAAACAUUGACCUUCCUAUCCAUGUCUUUUCUAGAUUUAGAUGUUCAUUUUUAACAUUCCUCUCUGUGGGUGAUUUUAUAGUUAAAGCAGUUAGAUGUGGCAAUAAUAGCUUUGUGUUAAUUAAAACCCGCCUCCCCUUCCAUUCAUUCAUGGAAGUUAAAUUCCUGAUCUUUUCCUCUUUUCCAGUAAAUGACAGACGUUUGAACAGCUGCGGUAGAGGUAUGUUUGAGGGAAUCCCACCCAAAAAGGGCAGGAACUCUCCCCCCAUCUCACAGAGUCUCCUUGGGAAAAGAAAGGGUGGUUUCCCUGCGUAAUUGGCUGGUUCAGAUCCCCCAGAGGAGAAAAGGGAUCUUUCCCUUCUGUCUUUGAUUCCCCAGCCCCACUUUUCAGUGCAAGGGCAUCAUCAGAUGGCAAGCCUUUGCUAAAGACCUUUGGGACACCCAUUAAGGGCAAGAAUGACCAAUGGGGACAUUAAUGUCCUUGUAACUCAGCCUCCAAGGUCUGACCUCCUGAAGACUGAACAGGUCCCAAGACACGUGUGUGUCACAAUGUCAGGCAUAGUUCAAGGAGAUGCUGACUUGGUCCUUCUUCUUUUCUCUCCACACAGGAAGCAACACAAGUGUUUAGCAUCCUCAAAAGGAGGUGCGUUGUAGAGGAGGAGCUGAUCAUCUAUGGGCAAGAGGGGGGGAGAGGCCAAUGCCUCAAGGUGGGGCAUCAAGUCCUGUCACUCUUGAAGUCCGAUCCCUUCUCCCAUUCCAAAAUGCUGUUGAAUCGAGGAACACAAGAAGAGUUUAGCAACUCUUAGGGACUGGAUCUCUGGGAGAUGAUGGAUCCAUUGUAUGCAAGACACCUGCAGCUACAGCUUAUAGCCCAAUUGCAAGACCAGGUUCUUCAUCAUGGUCUCCGUGAAUGCACACUAUGGGUAUAGUGGAACCCAAAAGAUGAUGUCAUUCCUGCUUGUCAAUCAGAGGACAGAGCAGGAGGGGGCGGAGUCAGAAUGAUAGUUGAGGUUUUGGAAGAGACAGAGGACAGUUGGAAUAAGAUAGGGAUAGAGAGAAGUAGGGACAAGAAGAUGUGGAGAGAGUGCUAGGGUUGAGGAAUAGAUAAA